AUGGCUUCAACUGGUCUUGAACUCCUGGGCAUGACCCUGGCUGUGCUGGGAUGGUUGGGGACCCUGGUUUCCUGCGCCCUGCCCCUGUGGAAAGUGACUGCUUUCAUCGGCAACAGCAUCGUGGUGGCCCAGGUGGUGUGGGAGGGGCUGUGGAUGUCCUGCGUGGUGCAGAGCACUGGCCAGAUGCAGUGCAAGGUGUAUGACUCGCUGCUGGCACUGCCCCAGGACCUGCAGGCCGCGCGUGCCCUCUGUGUCGUAGCCCUCCUGCUGGCCCUGCUUGGCCUGCUGGUGGCCAUCACUGGGGCCCAGUGUACUACGUGUGUGGAGGAAGAAGGUGCCAAGGCCCGCAUUGUGCUCACUGCUGGAGUCCUCCUGCUCCUCGCAGGCAUCCUGGUGCUCAUCCCGGUCUGCUGGACGGCCCACGCCAUCAUCCAGGAUUUCUACAACCCCCUGGUGGCUGAGGCCCUCAAGCGGGAGCUGGGGGCUUCUCUCUACCUGGGCUGGGCUGCAGCUGCACUGCUCAUGCUGGGUGGGGGGCUCCUCUGCUGCACAUGCCCCCCACCCCAGUUUGAGCGGCCCCGUGGACCUAGGCUGGGCUACUCCAUCCCUUCCCGCUCAGGCGUGUCGGGGCUGGACAAGAGGGACUACGUGUGA